GGGAUGAGGCAGAGUCCAGUUAAAGUCUUAAAGGGAUGAGGCAGAGUCCAGUUCAAGUCUUAAAGGGAUGAGGCAGAGUCCAGUUCAAGUCUUAAAGGGAUGAGGCAGAGUCCAGUUAAAGUCUUAAAGGGAUGAGGCAGAGUCCAGUUAAAGUCUUAAAGGGAUGAGGCAGAGUCCAGUUAAAGUCUUAAAGGGAUGAGGCAGAGUCAACACGGAGAACAAAACCUUUCAUCUGCGAUGAUUAGAGUCCAGUUACAGAACGGAUGUCCCCUCGCCAAACUGGUUAAUAAGCCAACGCAUUGCCAGCUCUCAACGUGAAGUAACAAUGUUUCGUUCAGCAGGAAUCGUCAAGAACAGGGUCAUAUUUUCUUGUUAAAAUAAAUAAUAUGUUAAAAAUGCCAACAAUUUUUUGGGAACACAGCCGUAGGGCUGAAAUUACAAUUCUUGGAGGGCCUGCCAACACAAACGGCGGGAGGAGAGAUGGGAUUUCCUGUUAUAUUGGCCAGUGCUGGAAUUUCUCCACUGUGCUCUCUGCUCUCUGUUUUCCUUGGAAUGAUGGGCUCUUGCUAAUUAAUUCUGCCAUUCUUUGCAUGCCGCUGGUCCUCUGGUUGCUGGGCAGGCAUCGCAGGCCAGGUGUCUAUGGACGUUAACGGAGACAGAUACGGAGACUUCUCUGUGAUGAGCAUGACAAACACCGAGGCAGGCACCUAUGAGACGGUGUGUAACUACUAUGGUGUGAAGGAGAGUUUCCAGAUGCUUCCGGGUUUCAAACCUGACCACUUCACCCUGAGAGGACUACACAGAGUUUCCCACGCAGACCUGCCAGACAAAUCAUCAGGUGGACUAGGAGUAUCUGCUGUUACUGGGAUCAUAGUGGGAGCCCUGCUGGGCACAGCACUGCUAAUGGCCUUCUACUUCAUCAGGAAGAACUACAGGAUAACCAUUGAGAGGCGUACGGCGAGGGAGGAAUGUGACAUUGGGAAGCAUCGUCAGUUACGAGAGGAUUCUAUCAGAUCUAACUUCUCGGCAGCGUAGAGCAUCACCGCGGUUACCAUCUGUUUCCGCCGACGUUCCCGUUCCAGGGAAGCGGCGUAGCGCGGAAGGAAGCACCAUGGGAACGUGACCAAAGACUCUACACACGCUACACGGCUGUCAGAGGAGUCAUGCUAUUUAAAGAAAGACAUACUGUCAUUUAUAUGUGUUUUUAAAUUUUCUCUUUGAAUUUUUUUUGACUUUCAUAAACUCAGGAAAGUUCCAGUCACACAGCAGCACCACUUUCAUCUCUGUAUAUAUCUGUAGGUGUGUCUUCUCCCCGUAAGAGGGCCAGUACAGAAGACAUUAAUAGUAUAAUAUUAUGUUUUCACCUGUUUCAUAACAAACAGUACAAGCAGUUUUGACCAUGUAAAAAAAGCAUUUGCACUCCAUACAGGGUUACAAUAACACCAGAGAUAACAGGGAUCAAUAAGCCUGUGAAACUUCAUUGGUACAUGUCAGAUCAGAGAUCACAGGUCAGAUCAGAGAUAACAGGUCAGAUCAGAGAUAACAGGUCAGAUCAGAGAUAACGGGUUGAUAAACAGAUCAGAUCAGAGAUAACAGUCUUGUUUAGCAGUCUUACAGCUUGGGGGUAGAAGCUGUUCAGGAUCCUGGUGGUUCCAGACUUGGUGUAUCGGUACCACUUCCUGGAGAGCUACCAUUUUCACUUCAAUCCUAAUCUAGCACACUUGAUUGUAAUUCAACUGGGGUUGGAGCAAAAACCUGGGGAAGGGAAAGCCCUGGUCUUUGGAAUGGUCCACGCUAAAGGGACCAACCCAACGCUACUUCAGGAGAUUUGAGUCUUUGAACUUCGGAUUACACCAUUUUGGUAUCACUGCAGUGAUUUGAUUCUCAAUCAACCAAUCAAGUAAAUUAUAAAGUAUUACAUUUUGCAAAGUAAAAUUCUCUUGUAAAACACCUUGUAUCUACUUUGGCUUAUUUUCUAAAGUAACAGUUUUCUAGAGAUAUUUUUUUUUUUUGAUUAAAUAUGGUGUUUCUGUAAUAUGCCCUUCCCACAGUAGUAUACUGUGAUGAUUCUGACACAACUACAAAAAACAGACUGGUUUCUUCUGAGAUGAAGAGUAACAUCUAUUUCUUCUCUGCAUCUCUGAGACCUGUUAUUUCACUAUAUACUGUAUAUAUACAGUUGAUCUUGGAAGUUUACAUACACCUUAGCCAAAUACAUUUAAACUCAGUUUUUCACAAUUCCUAACAUGUAAUCCUAGUAAAAAAUCCCUGUCUUAGGUCAGUUAGGAUCACCACUUUAUUUUAAGAAUGUGAAAUGUCAGAAUAAUUGUAGAGAGUAUGAUUUAUUUCAGCUUUUAUUUAUUUCAUCACAUUCCCAGUGGGUCAGAAGUUUACAUACAUUCAAUUAGUAUUUGGUAGCAUUGCCUUUAAAUUGUUUAACUUGGGUCAAAUGUUUCGGGUAGCCUUCCACAAGCUUCGCACAAUAAGUUGGGUGAAUUUUGGCCCAUUCCUCCUGACAGAGCUGGUGUAACUGAGUCAGGUUUGUAGGCCUCCUUGCUCACACACGCUUUUUCAGUUCUACCCACAAAUGUUUUAUGGGAUUGAGGUCAGGGCUAUGUGAUGGCCUCUCCAAUACCUUGACUUUGUUUUCCUUAAGCCAUUUUGCCACAACUUUGGAAGUAUGCUUGGGGUCAUUGUCCAUUUGGAAGACCCAUUUGCGACCAAGCUUUAAAUGUCGUAAGAUGUUGCUUCAAUAUUUCCACAUAAUUUUCGUGCCUCAUGAUGCCAUCUAUUUUGUGAAGUGCACCAGUCCCUCCUGCAGCAAAGCAACCCCACAACAUGAUGCUGCCACCCCCGUGCUUCACGGUUGGGAUGGUGUUCUUCGGCUUGCAAGGCUCCCCCUUUUUCGUCCAAACAUAAUGAUGGUCAUUAUGGCCAAACAGUUCUAUUUUUGUUUCAUCAGACCAGAGGACAUUUCUCCAAAAAGUACAAUCUUUGUCCCCAUGUGCAGUUGCAAACCGUAGUCUGGCUUUUUUAUUAUGGUUUUGGAGCAGUGGCUUCUUCCUUGCUGAGCGGCCUUUCAGGUUAUGUCGAUAUAGGACUCUUACUGUGGAUAUAGAUACUUUUGUACCUGUUUCCUCCAGCAUCUUCACAAGGUCCUUUGCUGUUGUUCUGGGAUUGGUUUGCACUUUUCGCACCAAAGUACGUUCAUCUCUAGGAGACAGAACACGUCUCCUUCCUGAGCGGUAUGACGGCUGCGUGGUCCCAUGGUGUUUAUACUUGCGUACUAUAGUUUGUACAGAUGAACGUGGUACCUUCAGGCGUUUGGAAAUUGCUCCCAAGGAUGAACCAGACUUUUGGAGGUCUACAAUGUCUUGGCUGAUUUCUUUAGAUUUUCCCAUGAUGUCAAGCAAAGAGGCACUGAGUUUGAAGGUAGGCCUUGAAAUACAUCCACAGGUACACCUCCAAUUGACUCAAAUUAUGUCAAUUAGCCUAUCAGAAGCUUCUAAAGCUAUGACAUCAUUUUCUGGAAUUUUCCAAGCUGUUUAAAGGCACAGUCACCUUAGUGUAUGUAAACUUCUGACCCACUGGAAUUGUGAUACAGUGAAUUAUAAGUGAAAUAAAUAAUCUGUCUGUAAACAAUUGUUGGAAAAAUGACUUGUGUCUAGCACAAGGUAGAUGUCCUAACCGACUUGCCAAAACUAUAGUUUGUUAACAAGAAAUUUGUGGAGUGGUUGAAAAACGAGUUUAAAUGACUUCAACCUAAGUCUAUGUAAACUUCCGACUUCAACUGUAUAUUUUGGGAAACUAUAGAAUCAUCGAAGUGAUAUGUGUAAAUUAGUUAUAUUUAUGUAUUUUUAGUAUAUUAAUAGAAAUCUGAGAUCAAAUAUACAGACUCACGUAUUCAGUACAUAGUUUAGAAAACGUCUGAUAUUAAUGCAUUAUGAAUGAUGAUAUCAAAUGCAUUAUUAGGGUUAGAUGGCAUUAAUCUGUCAUUAUUACUCCUGGUUUCAUGGAUCCUUAUGUUCUCCUCUGCCUGGGCAGUAGGACCAUCUCAUUGGCAAUAUAGAUAUAUUUUAUUUGUUUUAUUUCCUUUUUAUUUAGGGGGGCGGGGUCUGCUCUAAAGUAAAUCAUGUCCUCAAUGGAUAACGCUUGCAGCUAGUUUCUAAGCAACAGUCUGGUGAAAAUGAAAAGCGUGGAAAACUAUUCUGAAAUUAAACCUCCACUUGACUCUUUUCAAUUAUCAGCCGUGAAUGCAAUCAAUUAUAAAAGUCCAUGCCUUUGUUAACACAAAAAUAAAGGGCAUUUAAAUAGAGCGUCAUGUGAUCCUAUAAUAACUGCGGCAUGUCAGCUAGGUGUCUGGAAGAGAAAUAAUGAAAUGGAAAAUGUUCAUUUGAAUUAUUUAAUUUGAAUGUCAGUCUUAAUUCUUCUUCCUCCUUUGGAAUGAUCUAAAAGGUUUUGUUUUUCAAAGCUUGUUUCAGACAUUGAAAAUCAUCCUCAUUCCCUCUUAACAUGUAAUUUCUGCGGCCGUGUUGGGAGUUAAAUGUUCUAGGGACAUGUUAAUGACACUGUAUAUGGCAUCAGUUGGAAAACUCAUAAUUUGGAAAAAUGAGUCUGGCAACGAUUGCCAAUCAGUGGCCAGAGAACACAGAGGCCAGUCACUGCAGGCCUUGCAGAAGGUAAAUACAUCCACCCAGCUUAUUGGCAGCCUGCGGUUAAACCAGGGCCAAUACCGGGUGAUUUCAAAUGACAUGAUACUGAUUGGAACAUUUUAAACUGCCGUAGUUAAAUGAAAAUCCUGUUGGAGAGGGAGACGCAAUCCAAUCCAAUGCAAUUCCACUCAUAUUAACCACAUCACAUACAGGAGCUUUCGAGGUUUUCCUCCCAACUCUAAACUGUUUCUUGUUACACACCAACGUUAAGCUCCAUGCGUAGUGCGUAGUGCGUAGUGUGUAUUACGUAGUAUAAUAAAUACAACCACUCAGUCCCAAAGUGUUCCCUUCUGAACAUUUAUUGGCCUAUUUCAAAACUCUAUUGUAAAAUAUACUUGAUAAUCAAUCAGUACAUUUCGACACCAUUUUUUCACUACGAUGACGAGCCGUUACAGCACAUCCGUCAGGAAAUGAUCAAACGUCAACUCGUUGAGGUGCGUACUGACUUCCCUGAACACCCAGUAGGUGUGUUCACAAAGCAUCUCAAGAGUUGAGGCGCUGAUCUAGGAUCAGGCCCUCCCUCCUCUUGUUCAUUAGGAUGUUAGAACUGAUGUGGUCUCUCUUUCUGAAUACUGGCCCAGGUCAACAUACAGGUCAACAUAUCUGACCCCAACCCUAAUGCUCCAGGAUACAGGUCAACAUAUCUGACAUUAUCAACGUGUUCCAGAGGAAACGUUUCCAUUUCCUUUUGUCACUUGUUACAAACCAUACUAGUCCUCCCACAGAGACAGACAAAAACAGACACACAGACGUACAGUCAGAGAGACAAAACUGUGAUCUAAGCAUUUCCAUCUUGGAAAAACAGCAAAUAGCUUUCAAUUGUAAUAUGUCGUCGGGAGACGAUCGUUAGAAGGACUUCCUGAAACGGUGCCGGUACACUUUAGUUGAGUCUCGUCUUCUCACGGGCCCCGUGAAACGGAAAUGGGAUUACAUUUUCUUACCCAGUUGUGUAAGCAUCCACUACCCUACACCAAAUACAUAUACAAGCUUCGUCAGGAGUCUUUGGGUUAACUUCCUAAAAAAAAUUGUCCCGUUACAUAUAAGAUAUCUGUCUAAUACGCCUCUCAAAGUGGACAUUUCACAGUGAAUUAAAAUCAGUUUGUAUCAUAAUGAAUUAUAUAUAAAAGCUACAUGAAGCUAGUGAUGAGGACAUGUAGUGAUGUAAAGUAAAGUUUUCUGCAUUUAAUGUGUUAGUGUUAUUUAUGAUUUUACCUUUUUUUUUGUAGAAAUGUAAUAUUUCAGUGUUCUAUUUAACCCCCUGUUUUGUGUAAUAUACUGUAUUAUUUUUGAGAUGACACAUUAUUAAGAAAUAUCUGCCUUUUACAGACUAUACAUGGCUUUUUAAGACAUAUAUGUCAGAAAUGUAACUUAUUUACAGUAUCAACAUACAGUGUAUAUAAAUAUA